CAACAGGGCAGUCUUUACUUUGGAUGCCCCUGAGCAAAGUACAGAGUCAUCAUCACCCCUGCUCAUAUUCCUCCAGUGCUCAGUUAUCACCCAGCCUUUCACCACUGUCUCUGCAGGGAUUUAACCAGAGACCGCCGUCUCGCUAAGGUUAGGAGCAGAGAAUGUUUGUGACGGUGUUCCUGCUUCUGGUCGCCCUGUGUGCCCACGGAGGAAACGGCCUGGAGGAGGAAGCAGCACGCGGCCCCGGCCAUGUUUCAGUCAUCAUCGUGGGAGGCACAGGAGACCUGGCAAAGAAGUACCUGUGGCAGGGCUUCUUCCAGCUGUACCUGCACCAGGCCGGCGGCGGAAACACCUUCUCCUUUUACGGCGGAGGACUGUCGCCCGCUGAAAAGGCCACGCCGCUGCUCUUUGAAAUCCUGAAGACGGUGUCCUGCUCUAAGGACGUGUCUCCGGAGCGCUGCGCUCUCCUGAAGGAGCAGUUCCUGCGUCUCUCGCAGUAUCGGCAGCUGAAGACUCUGGAGGACUACCAGGAGCUGGCCAAGCAGAUCGAGGAGCAGCUCCAGCAGGAGGGGAUGGUGGAGGCGGGCCGGCUCUUCUACCUGUCCGUUCCAGCGUUUGCAUACGCAGACAUUGCUGAGAAGAUCAACAGCAGCUGCAGGCCCACCAGUGGGGCUUGGUUGAGGGUGGUGUUAGAGAAGCCUUUUGGGCAUGACUACAGGAGUGCUCAGGUGCUCUCAACUCAACUCGGGAACUCGCUGAAGGAAGAAGAAAUGUAUAGAAUUGACCACUACCUGGGGAAGCAGGUGGUGUCAAAGAUUCUUCCAUUCAGAAAGGAGAACCAAAGGUUUCUGGAGCCCAUCUGGAACCGGCACCACAUCGAAAGAAUAGAGAUUGUUUUGAAGGAGACUCUGGAUGUAAAAGGCCGGAUUCCGUUCUACGACCAGUACGGGGUGAUCCGGGAUGUCUUACAGAACCACCUAACUGAGGUCAUGAUGCUGCUGACCAUGAAGCUUCCUCAGAACCUGAGCAGCAGUGACGAAGUCCUUCGAAACAAACUGGAGAUGCUCAAUUCUCUGCUGCCUUUAGGGAAGAACCAGGCGGUGAUCGGACAGUACCAAGCGUACAAAGAGGAGGUUCAGAAGGAGCUCAAUCGCACUCAAGACCGCGUCAGCCACACGCCGACAUUUGCAGCUGUUGUGGCCCACAUCCACGAUGCCCAAUACGAAGGCGUCCCAAUCCUCCUGAUCUCUGGAAAGAUGCUGGAUGAGCGGGUGGGAUACGCACGAGUACUUUUCAAGAACAACGUCUUUUGCCUUCAGAACCACAACAACGUUCACUGCAAGCCCAAGCAGAUAGUUUUCUACUUCGGGCACGGCAGCCUGGGAUAUCCGGCUGUUCUGGUGAGCAAGAACUUGUUCAAGCCCGCUGGAACGGACGCUCUCUGGAAAGAGGUGACGGAUCACAAAGAUGUGGAUGUUUUGGGUCUUUCUGUGUCGGACUACAACGUUCAAGUCCCCGCAGUAAACAAGGAGGCGUACGCAGAACUCAUCUCCCACAUUUUUGCUGGACGGAAGAACUCCUUCGUCAGCACAGAAAUCCUCUUGGCCUCUUGGGCCUUAUGGACUCCGCUCCUUAACAGCUUAAGCAGCAUCUUCCCGCGCAUUUAUCCCGGUGGUUCCGACAACGAAGCCAUGCUGGAUGUGCAUCUGAAGGGGAAAGAGAUCAAGUACAACAGUGAGGUGGUGAUAAUCAGUCCUGACGAGAUGGGAGGAGCCUCGCCCAGCAGCUAUCAGGUGAUGAAAGGCAAAUUCCGCAGCGCUGAAAUGGUGUCCGCCUGGAUGGAGGACCUCAUCGAGAGGUUGGCUGCAGACAUCCAGGGCGCAGCGGAAGCUGCCGUCCACCAGGGCGGCGUGUUCCACCUCGCGCUCUCAGGCGGCUCCACUCCUCUCGCUCUCUUCCACAGGCUGGCCUUGCACCACUUCUCCUUCCCGUGGAGGGACACCCACGUGUGGAUGGUGGAUGAGCGGUGCGUACCGCCUACAGAACCGGACUCCAACUUCCGCAGCCUGCACGAGCAUCUCCUGCAGCACAUCAAGAUACCGUACUACAACAUCCACCCCAUGCCGGUGCAGCUCAACCAGCGCCUGUGCGUGGAGGAGGACAGAGGAGCGCUGCUGUACGAAGAGGAGCUCAAGAAGCUGGUCAACGGCUCCAGCUUCCACUUCAUCCUGCUGGGCGUCGGCUACGACGGCCACACGGCCUCCUUGUUCCCCGGAGGUAAGCUGGACCACCACGGAGAGAGCCUGGUGGCGCUCACGGAGAGCCCCACCAAGCCGCACCAGCGCAUGAGCCUCACCCUCGGCGCCAUCAACCGAGCGCACAAGGUCGCCGUGUUGGUGAUGGGCAAAGGCAAGCACGAGCUGGUCACCCAGCUGAGCCGAACCACAGAAAACCUGCUCAGGUACCCCGUCACCGGCGUCAAUCCUGCUAACGGAAGCCUUGCUUGGUACAUUGACUAUGAUGCACUUUUAGGCUAGCAAGCUGUGAGUUUUCUCAUUUUGAGCCUUUGCAGCUGCCGUACGUGGACCUCUGAUUAUCCAAAGUACACAACGUUUUUGUUUCUAUAACUGCCAACAAACGAACCAGUCGAUUUUAGCAAGUGAAUGAUCUUUCCACGGUUCAUGGGGGUGAACUGGAACGGUUUGUGGUGUCAUACUUUAGAAAAAGACUUCCUUGAUCCAUCUGCUGAGGCUUUGCUAAUGGAUUUGGAGUUCUCCAGCACAAAAAGGCUUCAGUAAGACUUGAAGCUGCAGUGGUGUGGUGAGGAUUUUAGCCUUUCAAACACAUGAUGUGAAGAUAAAAACUCAUUUCACUAUUUUUCUGAUUUUUUUGAAUGCAUACGCAGACUUUGAAAUGAUUGAAUCUGAUAAAAGCGGUGAAUGGAACAUGCAUAGUUUCAGUGCAGAGUGUGUUGUUUGAGUCAUGGAGUGUUGAAUUCCACCUCUCAGGUGCUCUUAUUUUCCUAAAAGCUUCCAGUUUGGUCUCUAAUGGGUCCUAUUCCAUCUCAGGUAUAUCUGCUGAUACUGUAGCCAUUUCCCUGUGAAAUCUGAAGUUUGUAUGUUUUUCUUUUUAUCAAUAAAAAUGGCCCGUGCUGGGGUUUUUUUUCGGGUUUUUUUUGCAAAUAUAUAUACAUAUAUAUUUGUAUCCAAAAUGAAUUGUUAUAGAUUUGUUUCUUUAGCUCAAGAGUUAAACAAGUUUCAUUUUGGUGCCUCUUUUACUUAAUUUUUGAUCCAUCAAAGAACAGAUCAUCUAAAUGUUCUCAAAGGAUCUGGUUGUUUUUCAUUGAGCUGUUUGCAAUAUUUAACAUUCGAAGAUAAAUAAAAAUGUGAUGAUAUUGAACUCCA